AUGGCAGUGUCGAACAAGCUUGUCCCUCUCACCGUCAUCAAGGGCGCUGGCUACGAGUUCAUCCCCCUCCCCGCAGGCCAGAACGCCACGACGGCCGAUUUCCACUCCAUCCGCACCCAGACCACCGACUCCCCAUCCUACUUUACCUCGGGGUUUUACAAGAUCGAGGCUGGCCCUCACCGACCCGCGCACUAUGCCUUCGAGGAGACCAAGUAUGUUUUGAGUGGGCAAAUCGAUGUUUUGGAUGAGGCAACCGGAAUCACCCACCAUCUAGUCCCCGGUGACUUUGCGUUCUUCCACGUGGGCUCGAAAGUUCAGUUUUCGACCAAGUCCCAAGGUUUUGCCUUUUAUGCUGUUACGCGACCCGUUCGCUCCCCGCACCCUAACCUUGUUGGUCGAGAGGAGGAUAAAGCCCGACUGUGA